UUGACUAUGGUGGGGCUGCGUGUUACCAGGGAACACAGAAAGUGUCAAGUGACAUGGUGUUAAACUGUUCUUUUAAUAUCAAGUGGAGCUUGUUCGACUUGUCGUGUUGUGAAGGGAUCUGUACAUUGCUAAAGGGAAUCUGACUUAAAGGGGAUGCCUACAAAGCACGUGCAUGGUGUGCAACAAGUGUUUCUUCUCAUAACGACAUGCAUGCUCCUUCUGCUGCUGGCCGUCCCAACUUCAGGUUUUUGUGAUGAGAGAUGCGAAAAGGCUAACCCAAACCUACACAGAAUUAAAGGAAUUUGGUCCAACUCAUUCAGGAGGCAAACAUUAAACUUUAACGAAUUUAUCCAGUUCUUGAUAUCUGCAUCUGGGAACAAUCAGCGGUUAUCUCCCCUUAGAGACAAUCUGGUUCGAAUGAUUCGAGAGUACCGGGACUGUGUCAUGGCGUGUGAACACGCCUUCAGCAAACGAAGUAACACACACAGCAACUUAAAAAGCCGAAAAUCGCAACUCUGUAACGUUCUUUUCCGUGCUCAAAAACAGGCUCAAACCGUCAUUCCCAAACAUAUCUACAAGCACUGUUUCUCCAAAGUGCCCUAGAUAAACCGUCUCCAGGAAAUAAACGUGGCUCAGAAACCAACCAACAGUGCAAGCCCCACAAUGCCGAGGACCAUGGCCAACAUCAUUAUGCAAUGCAAAUACCUAUCAAGCUGAUACCUCGAGACAAAUAACAAGAUCAAAAGUGUCCAACGCGGUUGUUGUCCGGAGCUUCGUUCCACAGAGCGGCCUUAGUGUUGUGUUAGUCUUGAGUCGUUGAUACAGUAUGGGAGCCGUUGCACUAAGAUCGGUUUGUGGAAAGGGGGCCUGGUCAUGCGGCUUAUGUUAACGUUUAGAACUCUGCCUCUUUGAGGCUUGUUGAUGACAAAUCAAUCUAAAAGAACCGUCAAGUGAGUGGUUCUCUAUCGUUAUGCCACUGAGUUAUCAAUGUAAUGGAAUCAAGAUAAGCUUUUAUGUUUCGAUCGAUUUUGAAUCGUUUCAGACAUGGCUCAUUCAAAACAUAAGAAUAAAAUAAAAACAAAACCUGUUACGUUCAUACUCUGAUCUUGGUCACAUAAUUCCAUCCUUGGUUAAAAAUAUUUCUCUACAUCUACAAAUAUGUUUCAAAAUUCAUCAACAUGAAAUUCAAUCUUUUCAGCGUUAGUUUUUCAAACGGAUAAAAAGAUAUACACUAGUUUACACUAUGCUGAAAAUGUUGUUGCCAACUCAGGAACUCACAGGGAUUCUGUUUCAUAUCCGUUCAUAAGCAUAAACAUGAAAAUCUGAGACCCCAACGUACCUUGAUUUAUGUACAUGAACAAGAUCUAAUCUCUCGUUGUUUUCCGAUUUGGCAACAUCAUGCAUUUCCCCUAUCAGGGUUACAGUUCAGCUAUAAAGAUCGGUAGCUCGCUGUUUACAUACCACUGCAAUCUGCUCUAAACAUGAAGAGGCAACAAUAUUUCAGAUUCAAGUACGGCUUUAUGAUUAGAACUCGCAAUUAAAGCCAUCUGGUAUUGACACAAGAGUCAUUUAGUCCAGUAACGAUGGUAUUCAAUGAGAUCGUUAUAACGUUAUAUUAAUCUCAAUCAAAAUUGAAUAAAAACUAUUUAUUACAGGAAAUUACCCUUGAACCUUCGGAGUACUGAAAAUAUGCUGUCUUCGGUUAGCAUUGGACAGUUGUUUUGGGCUACAUCUUUUAGGCUUGUGCUUUUUUCGUAUACGUCAUUAUUGUUUGGGUCCCUGUGUUAUUGUCAGAACUAUCCUUAAGAAUCAUGGUAAAUACUGUUGGAUAAAAUGACAACCAGACAUCCUCAAAGGAAAGAGACUAACCUUACUGUAAGUAGACUUGUAUACGAGUUACAAAUAUUAAUUUCACCAUGUACUAACACGAAGAUACAAUAUGAUUAUACUUUUCUGUUGGUCGUUAAGCGUUUAGUUGGAUCAGAUGUAUAAUCAUUUGCCUUAAUUUCUCCUUCGAUUAUGACUAUUACAAAAACACUUAUUUCAUCAUUAAGGGAUAAUUAGGACUCGUUGUGAUAGCAUCAGGUGUCUUUGAAGAAAACUUAUUACACUUGACAUUUUUCUAUAGAAAUCCAACAACUCUCUUCUCAAAAUCCUUCAAACUAUCCUGAGUGUUAGUAAUGAAGUGUUGGACAGAAACAGAAGCAUUUCAAUAGACUCCUGAGUAUGUUACGAAUAACACCAUUAGAACCAGAAUAAAAGUGUAACAAAUGGAUACAAACUGUUUGAGAAGCAUUGAUUCAAUCGGAUUAUAUUUUGAAAGUUUGAACAUUUAUCAGGUCGGAUGGAAAAUAUUUACGUUAUAACUGGAUACUGAUCGUAUAUUUUUAUGAAACAUGUUCUAUAUGUUCACACAAUGAGGUUGAUCACAUUUCUGAAUUUUCAACAAAAGUUUCAAGUUUCAACUGUAGACAAAAAUGCAAAAUGAUGAAUCUGUACGAUGGUAAAUAUUGUACAAACUU